AUGGCCGCGCGAGAUGAACAUGUCCAGCAGCUCGCCCGCACUCUAACGCAGCAAUCCACCUUCACCACCACGGGCAAGAAUCCCUUCGCUCCGGAGGAUCACCCGGAGCUCGACCCCCAGUCUAGCCAGUUCAACCCACGGGCAUGGACAAAGGCGAUGAUGCGUGUGCGCUUGGAUGAUCCGGAGUCUUUCCAUCCCCGCACCGCAGGCGUCGCCUUCCGCAACCUCAACGUGCACGGCUUCGGCCAGGAGACGGAUUACCAGCGCAGCGUCGGGAACGUCAUUUUCGAGGCCGUCGGCAUGGUCCGUUCGCUCCUGCGCCACGGGAAACGCAAGAUCGAUAUCCUACGCGACUUCGAUGGCUUGGUGCGAAAGGGCGAGAUGCUGGUGGUCCUGGGCCCUCCCGGAUCUGGUUGUUCCACUCUGCUGAAGACCAUCUCCGGCGAAACGCACGGUAUCUACAUCGGAGAGGAUUCGUACCUGAACUACCAGGGCAUCAACGCCCAGCAGAUGCAGAAGAACUUCCGCGGCGAGGCCAUUUACACCGCCGAAGUCGACGUUCACUUCCCCAUGCUGAGCGUCGGAGAUACCCUGACAUUCGCGGCUCGCGCUCGUGCGCCUCGCAAAAUACCAGGGGGCGUCUCGCUUAGCCAGUACUCGCAACAUCUGAGAGACGUGAUCAUGGCGGUGUUCGGUAUCAGCCACACCGUAAACACGCGCGUUGGUAACGAUUUUAUUCGCGGCGUGUCAGGAGGUGAACGGAAGCGAGUGACCAUUGCGGAGGCUUCCCUGAGCGGUGCCCCGCUGCAAUGUUGGGAUAACAGCACCCGUGGCCUCGACAGUGCCAACGCCGUUGAAUUCUGCAAGACGCUACGCAUGAACUCCGACAUCUCCGACACCACUGCCUGUGUGGCCAUUUACCAGUCGCCCCAGAGCGCGUACGACACGUUCGACAAGGCCACCGUGCUCUACCGUGGCCGGCAGAUCUACUUCGGGCCGUGCAACGAAGCUCGGAAGUAUUUCGAAGAUAUGGGAUUCCAAUGCCCGGAUCGGCAAACCACCCCCGACUUCUUGACCUCCAUGACCAGUGCCGAGGAGCGUGUGGUGCAGCCCGGUUGGGAGGACCGUGUGCCACGCACGCCAGAUGAAUUCGCCGCGCGAUGGAAGGAGAGCGAGGAGCGCAAGCGAUUGUUGGCGGAGAUCGAUGAGUACGACAAAGAAAACCCGUUCGAUGCGGAAAACUUGGAGAACUUCAAAAAGUCCCGACGAACCCAGCAAGCAAAGGCUCAAUCCGUCAAGUCUCCGUAUACACUCUCGUAUACGCAGCAGGUGUUACUUUGCGUGUGGCGCGGGAUCCAGCGUCUGAAAGGAGAUCCUAGCGUCACCAUUUUCCAAAUCUUCUUUAACAGUGUCCUGGCCCUGGUCAUCGGAAGCGUGUUCUACAAUAUGAGUCCAAGCACCGACAGCUUCUUUCAACGUGGCGCCUUGCUUUUCUUCGCCGUGUUGAUGAACGCGUUCGGUAGCGCGCUCGAGAUCUUGGUCCUCUACGCUCAACGCCCGAUCGUGGAGAAGCACUCUCGCUACGCCUUCUAUCACCCGUCCGCCGAGGCCUUUGCAUCCAUGCUCUGCGAUAUCCCGUACAAAGUGUGCAAUUCGAUUUUCUUCAACCUGGCAAUGUAUUUCUUGGCGAAUCUGCGGCGCGAACCGGGACCCUUUUUCUUCCUUUGGUUCGUCUCGUUCAUCUUGACGUUGUCCAUGUCCAUGCUCUUCCGCACAAUCGCCUCCGUUUCCAGGACUCUUUCACAGGCGUUAGCGCCCGCUGCGAUCCUCAUCCUGGCCGUCAUCAUCUAUACCGGUUUCGCGAUCCCCAUCACGUACAUGCGAGGAUGGGCCCGGUGGAUCAACUACAUCAACCCCGUCGCGUAUGGGUUCGAAAGUUUGAUGAUCAACGAAUUCCACAAUCGCGACUUUCCGUGCACGCUGUACCUUCCCAUGGGCCCCGGGUAUGAAAACGUGUCGCUCACCGAGAAGGUCUGCUCCUCGAUCGGCUCGGUCCCAGGGCAAGAUUUUGUCAACGGCGACGUGUACAUCAACUCCGCGUUCCAAUACUAUCAUGCCAACAAGUGGAGAAACGUGGGCAUCCUGUGGGGCUUCAUCAUCGGUUUCAUGAUGUGCUACCUGGCCGCUACCGAAUUCAUCUCCUCCAAAAAGUCCAAAGGCGAAGUGCUUCUGUUCCCCCGCAAUCAUAUCCCCGCCACUGCAAAGCGUGCCGAGGAUGACCCCGAAGCCGGAAGCGAGCCCAACGCUGUCCUCGAACAGAGGCUGACCCAUGAUCCUGCGGAUGUCAUCCAACGACAGACUGCCGUGUUCCACUGGGAGGACAUUUGCUACGAUAUCAAGAUCAAGAACGAGGAGAGGCGCAUUCUCAACCACGUGGAUGGUUGGGUAAAGCCCGGGACGCUGACGGCCCUAAUGGGUGUCAGUGGCGCCGGUAAAACCACCCUUCUCGACGUUCUCGCCACGCGGACCACGAUGGGCGUGAUUUCCGGCGACGCCUUGGUCGACGGGCGCCAGCGUGACGCCUCCUUCCAGCGCAAGACGGGCUACGUACAGCAACAGGAUUUGCAUCUGCCGACGUCGACCGUUCGCGAGGCGCUGACCUUCUCGGCGCUCCUCCGUCAGCCGGCCAAGGUUCCGAGGGAGGAGAAACUCGCAUACGUCAACGAAGUCAUCAAGCUCCUCGACAUGCAGGAGUACGCCGACGCCGUCGUCGGCGUGCCCGGAGAGGGGUUGAACGUCGAGCAGCGCAAACGUCUGACCAUCGGCGUCGAGCUCGCCGCGAAACCCGAGCUGCUUCUCUUCCUCGACGAGCCGACUUCGGGUCUGGACUCGCAGACGUCGUGGGCAGUGUGCGAUCUAAUGGAAAAGUUGACCAACGCCGGCCAAGCCAUCCUGUGCACUAUCCAUCAACCCAGCGCCAUGUUGUUCCAGCGGUUCGAUCGCCUCCUCUUCCUCGCGUCCGGUGGCCGUCCCGUGUACUUCGGCGAGAUCGGGAAGAAUUCGGAGAAGCUGCUCAGCUAUUUCGAACGGAACGGUGCGUCGCCGUGCCCUCCCGAUGCGAAUCCAGCCGAGUACAUGCUGGCAGUCACCGGCGCGGCGCCGGGUACCACUACGGACAUCGACUGGCCCGAGACGUGGCGCAGUUCCCCAGAAUACGACGAGGUCAAGGACGAGCUCGCGUCUCUGCGUGGUCUCCGGAGAACGAGCACGGCCGUAGCCAAGGCCACGGACGAGACAUUUUAUCACGAGUUCGCGGCGCCUUUCGGGGAACAAUUCCGGCAGGUGCUGAGGCGCGUGUUCGAGCAGUACUGGCGCACGCCAUCGUACAUCUACUCCAAGCUCGGCCUGUGUCUCACGUCCGCCCUCUUCAUCGGGUUCUCCUUCUUCCGCGCCGACAACACGCAACAAGGGCUGCAGAACCAGAUGUUCGCCAUCUUCAUGCUCAUGAACCUCCUCCCCCAGCUCACGCAACAAAUCAUGCCCCACUUCGUCACCCAGCGUGCCCUGUAUGAAUCGCGCGAACGACCGUCCAAAGCGUACAGUUGGAAAGCAUUCAUGCUGGCCAACAUCCUCGUGGAAAUCCCGUGGAACACCCUCAUGGCCGGCAUUAUCUUCGUUUCCUGGUACUAUCCGAUCGGAAUGUACCGCAAUGCCCAGUACGCCGAUCAAACGGACGAGCGGGGUGCGAUGAUGUUCCUGUACAUCUGGAUAUUCCUCCUAUUCGCCAGUACGUUUGCGGACCUGAUCAUCGCCGGCAUCGAAGACGCCGAGGCAGGUGCCGGUCUUGCCAAUCUGCUAUUCUCUCUCUGCCUGAUCUUCUGCGGUGUCCUCGCCUCCCCGGCUCAACUCCCGCGGUUCUGGAUCUUCAUGUAUCGGGUGUCUCCGUUCACGUACCUUAUCGACGGCUUGCUAUCCGUCGGCGUCGCCAACACGUUCGUGACGUGCGCCGAGAACGAGUUACUUCACUUCGAUCCUCCGUCCGGGCAGACGUGCGAGGAAUACCUCGACCUGUUCAAGAAGGCCAACGGCGGUAACAUCCUCAACCCGGGGGCGACCGCCGACUGCAGCUUCUGCGCGAUCGACAGCACCAACACGUUCCUGACGGGGGUGAGUAGCAGCUACGACCACCGGUGGCGCAACUUCGGGAUCCUAUGGGUGUACAUCAUCGUCAACGUCGCGGGCGCCCUCGGCUUGUACUGGCUCGCCCGCGUACCGAAGAAGGCGAAAACGAGAAUCGGUUCUACACCAUGUUUCUUAAUGUCAACACGGGGGUACGGAAUGUCCAUUUCACAUUCGUGA